AUGGCUGCAGGGGACGGAGCUCCUAGCAAGAUCAAGGGCCCGUGGAGCCCGGAGGAGGACGACCUGCUCCGGAGGCUCGUUAAUAUCAACGGCGCGAAGAAUUGGUCGCUGAUAAGCCAGUCGAUUCCGGGGAGAUUGGGGAAAUCGUGCCGCCUCCGGUGGUGCAAUCAGCUCUCGCCGGUGGUGGAGCACCGGCCGUUCACGGCGGAGGAGGACGGAAUCAUCCUCAGGGCGCACGCCGAGCACGGCAACCGUUGGGCGAAGAUCGCAAGACUGCUCAGCGGACGCACGGACAACGCGAUUAAAAACCAUUGGAACUCGACGCUCAAGCGGCGGCUCUCAGGCGGCGGCGGCGGCGGCGAGGCGCGGCUGUCACAGGUUCUGAGGAGAUCGGAGAGCGGCGACGUCUCUGCGGCGAUGAUCCGUCGGUUGAGUUCGAGUCCGGAGAGCCUAUCUCGGUCGGAAUCCGGCGACGGCGGCGGCGGCUCUGAGGAGAAUGUGAACAUCUUCUUUCCGGUGAACCGGAAUUCGUUUGCGGAGCGUCCGGCGUCGCCGCCUCCGGCUGAAUCGGCGGCGAUUGUGGAAGAUACGGAUUGCGACCAGUUAACUGCGUUGACUCUGUCUUUGCCGGGGACCGGCGGCAGCAACCCGCCGCCGCCGGUGGAGGCGUGUUUGAGGCGCCACACCCGCGGAGAAAGCAGCCAGUCAAUGGCGACGGCGGAGGAAGACGAAGAGGACGGGAAGAGAAAAACGGCGUCGUUGGAUCCAGAUUUGCUUGCGCUGAUGCAGGACAUGAUUAAGGCAGAGGUGAGAAAUUACUUUUCAGGGCAUGAGGAAGAGAUUAUCAUGCCUCCUGGGUUUAAGCGCACUGGGAUUAGUAAGGUUAAGGAUUGA